GUCAGCUGUGGGCGUGCCAGUGGCUGGUUGCCUGGGGAGCUCGUGAGCCGGGAGCUGCGUCACACAGUGGGGCCGCCAUCUUGUGAGCGGAGAGAUGGGGCAGUGCGAGGUGAUCUCCUCCAAGACCGUCCUGGUCUUCCUGAACCUCAUCUUCUGGGCUGCAGCAGGCAUCCUGUGCUAUGUGGGGGCCUAUGUCUUUAUCACCUACGAUGAUUACGAUCACUUCUUUGAAGACGUUUACACCCUGAUUCCUGGUGUAAUAAUAAUAGCUGCGGGGGCACUCCUAUUCAUCAUAGGCUUGAUAGGUUGUUGUGCCACAAUCCGGGAGAGCCGCUGUGGCCUAGCAACAUUUGUGAUCAUCUUGCUUUUGGUAUUUGUGACUGAAGUUGUUGUGGUCGUUCUAGGAUACAUCUAUAGAGCUAAGGUAGAAGAUGAAGUCGACAAGAGCAUUACAAGUGUAUUCAAUCAAUACCAUGGUGUUUCCUCUGACUCGGCAAGUCGGGCAAUUGAUUAUGUUCAGAGACAGCUUCACUGCUGUGGGGUUCACAACUAUUCAGACUGGGAGAAAACCCCAUGGUUUAAUAUAUCAAAGAAUAACAGCGUACCGUUAAGUUGCUGCCGAGAUAGUGUGUUUAACUGUACAGGCAGCAUGAGCCGACCUGGGGACCUGUACUCGGAGGGCUGUGAGGCGCUGGUGGUAGAAAAACUGCAGGAGAUAAUGAUGUAUGUAAUAUGGGCUGCACUAGCAUUUGCCGCUAUCCAGCUCCUGGGUAUGCUGUGUGCAUGUAUCGUGCUCUGCAGAAGAACUCGUGAUCCAGCCUAUGAACUCCUUAUUACUGGUGGAACCUAUGCAUAAACCUACUCUCUCCUUCCCCUGUGGUUUGGAUCCUAUAGACCUUAUUCCUAAGGAAUCCACUCUGGGAUAAGACUCUCCUUGUCCAAAUUGUUUUUACACCACUGAUUCUCAGCUAUGACCUUACAAUGGGUUACCUCUGCCCCUGGACUGUACUUUACUUUCAGCCUGUCACUUUAAUAGAGUUUGUAUUUUUAUUUUAUUUUUUGGCAGUUUUGUAGGUUUUAGCAUUAGCAACUGGUGUUUUGCUAUAACUAGUAAAAUAAAGGCAGCGCUGGGAUGAAAUCAUUGCUCAGAAUCCAGUUCUGCCAGGAUCCUUGAGUGAUGUCUUAAGAACACGAUGCUGUGUGUGGCGUUUUUUUCCCCCAACUCUUGGCUAUUGAGAGGUUAAUAUGUAAAGAUCUUUUUUUCCUGCAUCCUACAGUUUUUAUUGUUCUUCUGAACAACCUCAUCCAGAAUGCACAGCCAGUAUUUUCCAAACUUUUUGUAAUGUUCAUGGAUACAUUGUAACUUUUACACAUCUUCUGAGGUGUUUUUUAAAUGCCUGUAUAUUGAGGAGUUUGAGGUGCAAAAUGCUAUGCACUGGCUACAUGACACCUAUGUAAAAUUGUAUCAUAAAUGCAUUUAUAGCAUGGAAUGAGACUGAAGACUGGAUUGAAAAUUGUAGCACACACCAUGAACACACAACUUGGUUUGCACAUAGUGGUUGUUGAAAGUGCUCUGAAUCCAGACUAAGAUGGUACAUUAUGUAGGAUUGAUAUUGCAGAAGAGAAGCAUGUACACCUCCACCAAGAACUGUUAGCAUUAACAUGUCUCCUCACAUUAAUAUUGCUUCUCCCCUCGUCCAAAGAAACAUGUUCAUCCAUGUCAUCUAUAAUUUAAUAAACCCUCUAAAAAAAAUAAAUCCCAUAAUGCUUGCAGUUCUGGUGCAAAGUUUCUUCUCUUCGGGAGACAGAAUGAUGCAGAGAAGAUAGUGGACUUUUAGAAAGUGAUUUGCUUGUAGCACACUACAAUGGCGCUAACACUACGGAUAGGAGGGAGCUUGGUCUUCCACCCAGGCCCACACAUUGUGGGGGAUUCUUAGCUUCAUACACCGUCUGAAUAGGUUGUAGUUGAACCUUUUUUAUUUUUCUAGGACACCAGUAGUUUAUAUUGAGGUUCUUUACACAGAAGAUCAUUUUAUGUUGGUACUCACUUAUGUGUAGGAAUAUAGUAGCAACCUUAGCAUUCCCUUGAUCAAUAUUGUCUCCAUUUAGAGCAAACAACUUUCUAACUGGAACUUUACCUGUAAAUAGCGACUGACUCAAUAAAAUGUACAUCUACCUUU